AUGUUUCGCCUUUCACUUUCCAUCUUCUUCGUCCUGCUCUUGGCAAAUGGAUCGAAGAAAGUGAGAGCUGUUAGUCACAGCAAGGCAGACAUUGCGAAUAUAUCAUCUAGUUCGGCAGUAGCAAAUGCCGUCAGUCAUCAGGUGGCAGUGGGUGGUAUCGGUGCCAAUUGGGGGUCCCAAUCUUCCCACAGGCUGCGGCCGGAAAUUGUGGUGAGGAUGCUGAGGGAGAAUGGGAUUCAAAAGGUGAAGCUUUUUGACGCUGAUUACGACACUUUACGGGCCUUGGCUGGGUCCGGGAUUCAGGUGAUGGUGGGGAUCCCAAACGACAUGCUGUCCACGCUGGCGGGAAGCUCCAAAGCUGCUGAGAGGUGGGUCUCUGAGAAUGUGACACAUCAUCUCUCCAGAAAUGUCAUGAUCAGGUAUGUGGCUGUGGGAAACGAACCUUUCUUGGAGACGUACAACGGGAGCUUCCUCCGAACCACCUUCCCUGCCCUCAGCAACAUUCAGAGAGCCCUCGCCAAUGCUGGUCAUCAAAGCCAGGUGAAAGUCACCGUACCCCUCAACGCCGACGUCUACUCCAGCCCAGCCAGCGGCGCCCCCUCCGGCGGUGACUUCCGAGCCGACAUCCAUGACUUCAUCCUCCCAAUCGUCCGCCUUCUGAGCGACACCCAAUCCCCCUUCACCGUCAACAUCUACCCUUUCAUCUCCCUCUACACCGACCCCAACUUCCCCGUCGAGUAUGCCUUCUUCGAUGGCGGGGCCACCCCAGUCGACGACUCCGGCACCUCUUACUACAACAUGUUCGACGCCAACCACGACACCCUCGUGUCGGCCCUCCGCCGUAACGGCUUCCCCAACAUCCCCAUUAUAGUCGGCGAGAUUGGUUGGCCCACCGACGGAGACCGCAAUGCCAACCUCGACUACGCGCGCCGAUUCAACCAAGGGGUCAUGGCCCGAAUCUCGUCGGGCCGAGGGACGCCCAUGAGGCCCGGCCCGCUCGACGCCUACCUCUUCAGCCUGUUCGACGAGGACGAGAAGAGCAUCCAGCCCGGGAACUUCGAGCGCCACUGGGGGAUUUUUCGGUACGACGGCCAGCCCAAGUACGCGCUCAGCCUCACCUCUGGAGGCUCGGGAUUGGUGCCGGCCCGGAACGUGACGUACCUCGAGCCCAAGUGGUGCAUCAUGAAGCCCGGGGCGAGGAUGGACGACCCGAGAGUGGCGGCGAGCGUGAGCUACGCGUGCGGGCUGGCCGACUGCACGUGUUUGGGGUACCAGACGUCGUGCAGCGGGCUGGACGCGAGCGGGAAUAUAUCGUACGCGUUCAAUAGCUACUACCAGAAGAAUAACCAGCUGGACGACGCGUGCAAGUUUAACGGGCUGGCGACGGUUACGCGGGCCGACCCGUCGAUUGGGAACUGCAGGUUUAAUGUGAUGAUAAAGCCGUACUAUGGGGGUGGGGGGAGGGUGGAGUGGGGGAAGAAAGGGUUGUUUGGUUUAGGCAUUGGGCUUCUAACGGUUCUUUUGUUGACAGCUGAUUUUUGA